AUGACCUUGACCUUCGCCAUUAUCCUCGUGCUGUGUGUGGCGGGAAACCUGACCGUCAUCUUGAUCGUGGCGCUUCGCAAGGACAUGCACACGGUGCCCAACAUCUUCAUUACGUCACUGUCGGCCAGCGACCUCCUCAUUGGUCUGGUGGCGCUCACCUUGACCAUCAUCCAGAUCAAUGGACUGAUGCCCUUCAACAAGGCCUCCUGCCUGCUGCCAGUCUAUUUCGAGAGCGUCGCAUUCACGGCGAGCGUGUAUUCGUUACUAGCGGUCACGUUUGACCGUUACACGGCCGUCGUCUUGGCGACCACUAAAGCCUGGACGAUACGGACGGGAGUGCGCAUAGUUUUUGCGGUCUGGCUGACGUCAUGCGUGUAUUCCGCAAAGAUGUUUUUCAGCAUCCUAACCGUGGGCCACCUGCACGCGAUCACAAAUACGCACGGCAACAGGACCAAGUUCUGUAAUCUGUUGAUCGAAGAGGACGACGACGACCUGUACUACCGUAUCACCGACUUCAUCGUCCUCUUCGUCAUCCCUAUCAUCCUCAUGACCCUGAUGUACGCACGGAUUGCACGGAGAUUGUGGACCAAGUCGAUGGCCAUCACAAACGUGGUGAGGAACAAGAGGCGGAUCGUGAAAUUCCUCAUCACCAACGUGGUGCUCUUCUUCUUCAGCUGGCUGCCCUUCUACAUGAUCGACAUCAUCUUCGACAGCAUCAACAUGAUAAUGGGUAUCGACAUCCACGACGUGGACGCCUUCACAAAGUCCCUGACCUACGUCAUUCUGAGGUUCGUCUUCACCGUCCUGGCUCUGAGCAACUCCGUAGUGAACCCGAUCGUGUACGCGUACUUCAACCAGAACUUCAGGAUGGAGCUCGGCAAGAUCAAGAAGGCGUGUGGCUGUGUCGCCAGAAUCCAACCCAUUGGUGUUAUAGAGCACCUUAAUCAUAUUCCCAGGACGCACUCCUCUCAGAUAGAACCAAGGUCUUAACAACGGAAGCCACUGUACAUAGUUGGGAACUGCGUUGGUUAUGUG